AUGGGCGCUGGUAGCAGCAAGAGCUCAGAAGCCGCAGGGUCUAAUGCAGGACCCAGUGGCAACGCCGCUGCAAGCUCAUCUGCCUGUCCCGUCCCUGAAAAUGUCAGGAGCAAAGUCGUCUACAAUGUGUACAACCAGCGUAUUGACCCCAGCGCCUGCCCCAAAAUGGACCCUCGCAACAACAUGCCGGUAGAGCCAAACCAGCAGCCAUUCCCUGGGCAGCGCAAGCCCAUCUCCACAGAGCGCAUGGUCUCCAGCAUCCCCAAGGGCGGCACCGAUGAUGCCUGGGUCUACCCCUCGCCCCAGAUGUUCUACAACGCGCUGAAACGGAAGGGCAAGGGAGAUGACGUGACAGAGGAGGACAUGGAUCCAGUGGUGCAUGCACACAACAGCAUGAAUGAGGUGACGUGGCAGCAUGUGCUUGCAUGGGAGAGGCUGCACGGCGGGGAGUGCGGAGACCCUCGCUUGCUGCGCUUCACUGGACGGCCAGACGAGCUCAGCCCUCUGGCGCGCUUGAGCAGCUGGUUUGGCGGGCAGCUGCCGUUUGACCGGCACGACUGGUGGGUUGAUCGCUGCGGCCAGGAAGUGCGCUACGUCAUCGACUUCUACUUCCACGAGGAAGCGGCUGGCACCCCUGAGGCAUUUACGUUGCGAGUGCGUCCGGCAGUGGACACUGUGGAAUCAGUUGUGGACCGCUCAAAGAUGACAAUCUACCAGACAUUUGCACGGCUGGGGCUGCCCUGCCCCAUCACAGGGACUCCUGGCAGCAUUGGCAAGGAGGCGAUCCAAACAGAGCAGCAUUCCUAG